UAUUCAAGCUUCAUUUGGCGUCUCAGUUAACAUUUAGAUCAUGGCGUUUUCUUCAAAUUCUUAUGGAGUUUUCUUCUUCAUCCUUUUGUUUUCAUUUGAAUUAUCCUUUGCACAAUUAUCCUCCAAUUACUAUGCUACAAUUUGUCCAAAAGCUCUUUCCACCAUUAGAACUUCUGUAACUAAUGCCGUAAUGAAGGAGCAUCGCAUGGGGGCUUCAUUGCUUCGUCUCCAUUUCCACGAUUGCUUUGCAACUGGUUGCGAUGCAUCCGUUCUAUUAGAUGACACUUCAAGUUUUACUGGAGAGAAGACGGCAGCCGCAAAUGCAGAUUCACUAAGAGGGUUCGAAGUGGUCGAUACAAUUAAAUCUCAAGUUGAGAGUAUUUGCCCUGGAGUUGUUUCCUGUGCAGAUAUUGUUGCUGUUGCUGCUCGAGAUUCUGUUGUUGCUCUAGGUGGGCCUUCUUGGACGGUUCAGUUAGGUAGAAGAGAAUCGACCACGGCAAGUUUAGGGGCUGCAAAUACCGACCUUCCAUCACCACUACUGGAUCUUAGUGACCUUAUUUCUUCCUUUGCCAAAAAAGGGUUCAGUGCUAAAGAAAUGGUAGUUCUCUCAGGAGCUCACACGACAGGCCAAGCAAGGUGCUCAAUGUUUCGAGAACGACUCUACAAUGAGACAACCAUUGAUUCAACUCUUGCUACAUCACUAAAAUCGAACUGUCCAACCACAGGCAGCAAUGACAAUCUUUCUCCGCUAGAUGCUCAUAGCCCUGUCAUCUUUGACAAUUUAUAUUUCAAUAACUUGAUUAACAACAAAGGCCUUCUGCAUUCAGAUCAACAGCUCUUCAGUGGUGGCUCCACCGAUUCUCAAGUCACAACUUAUAGCACCAACUUGAAUACUUUCCAUGCGGAUUUCGCCAAUGCCAUGGUGAAAAUGGGAGGCCUCAGCCCUCUUACAGGAAGCGAGGGCGAGAUUCGUACCAACUGCCGUAAAAUUAAUUGAACCUAUUGGGUCGAUCUUCUAGCGUUGAACAAAUUGUUCAUAUUUGUGUUUUGUUUUCUUGUAUUAUGAAUAAAGAAGAAUCAUUCAUAACGAUCGAAGUCACUUUGGACAUUUAGAUUGCCUGAAUUGGUUUGUUCAAUUGUAAUAUUCUGUUUUCAGUGAGAGCUAAGUGGGAAAAACGCUUUCAUUGUAUCAUAAAUUUAUUAUAUGUCUCAAAUUAAAUUGAACAUAAGAUUUGUAAACGAUUAUUGC